CUGCGCUGCGACGUCGCCCUGCACGAACCAUCGCUGUCCUAUGACCGGCAUGUCAAGCGAUCGGCUCAUCCUGGCGCUGGACAUCGCUCGCGGAGCUGUGCCGGUUGCACUGCUAGCAGUCUUGGCGACGACGCUUGCUGGCCGGGCAUUCUUUAGAUUGCUGCGCCUACUACAAAAUCAGGGCUAUUCGGCUCAUCUGCCGCCUGUCGCAGAGCCUGCACGACCCGACGUCAGAGAAGAUGGCUAUGUACCCAUACUCGAUCCUGUGCAGUCGGACGAGGCGGAGAUCACGCCCGUAGUGAGACCUGCGAGAGUGCAGCGUCGUGAUCUCAUCUUGAUCGUCUUUGUCCUCAUCAGUCUGACUUAUUUCAUCGAUGCUCUCGUCAAUAUACUUUAUACCGUCAUCAGGCAAGAGAGGAGAUCGGAUGUCUUCAGGAUAUGGCGGGGGAAGGAGCUUUAUGCCAUUGGCGCGUUCGCUGCCUUUGCAGGAACUUCCGUCACGCUCGUCUGGGAGGAGCAGCAGAGCGGGAUCAAAGCGGGUUGGUCCACUGUCUUACCUGCAACAGUCGCUACACUGGCAACGAUCCUUGAACCUAUCCUGUUAGGUCUCGAAGCGGCUGCCAUUCGGCAUAGCUACUCGCGCAGUCGUCUGACUGCAUACGAGAUUAUUCAUAUCAGCGUGCAAGCCGUCCGCAUAUUACACUUGCUACUUCUGACAGCAUUACUGCUCACGAGCUUGGGCACCCGCAAGCUCUUCGUGCCUAAUCCUGCCUUGGCUAGCGCGGCGCCGGCCGCAAGCUACGGCACUUUUGCUGCAGAUGUCACAACUGCCAAUGGCGGCAGCAAGACCCCGACGACUUCAAAGACAGAGGCUACACCGCUUCCUGUCACAGCUUCCUUUUGGUCAAGAAUAAAGCGGUUAUCUCCCUUUCUGUGGCCCAGCAAGUCCGUCAGUCUGCAAAUUGUCACCAUCAUCUGCUUUCUCCUCCUCGGCGUCGGACGUGUUGUGAACCUGUUCUUGCCGAAGACGCUAGGCAACAUCGUCAACGAUCUUUCUGCAAGCAAGUCCCCCUGGUUCCAUGUCGGCCUCUAUGUUGGUCUGCGAUUCUUGCAAGGCGGUGGCGGUAUCGUCAAUGUCUUGCAAUCGACGCUCUGGAUACCAGUAUCGCAAUACUCGGAGCGAGCAAUGUCGAUGAUGUGUUUCGAGCAUCUCCUCAAUCUCUCGCUUGCAUAUCAUACGCGAAGGAAGACGGGCGAGGUCCUCAGAGUUCUCGAUAGAGGUGCAGCCAUCACUCAGUUCUUCCAGCUCGUGAUCUUCCAGAUUGUGCCCAUCUUUGUCGAUAUCAGUAUCGCCAUCAUCUACCUCGCAACAGUAUUUGGCAUCUCCCUCGGCAUCGUCGUCUUCAUCGUUAUGUUCCUCUACGUGGCAACAUCUGUCUGGCUCACUUCCUAUCGCACCGUCCUCAGAAGAGCGAUGAACGAUAAGGACAAGUAUGUGAGAGGCGUACAGACGGAUGUGGUCCUCAAUUGGGAAACGGUCAAGUUCUUCACUGCAGAGCACUACGAGUCGACUCGAUACGAGGUAGCCCAGAGGGACUAUCAACGGAGCGAAUUCCUCGUCAUCGCUUCGCUUUCUUUGCUCAACAUGGUACAAAACUUUGUCAUCUCGCUCGGGCUCCUCAUUGGCUGCUUCAUCGUCGCUUUACAAGUCGCUCAGGGCGAGAGAGGUGUGGGCGACUUUGUCCUCUUUGUCACUUACCUGCAACAGCUUUACGGGCCACUCAACUCUCUGGGGACGCUCUACCGAGUCAUUCAGACCAACCUGGUCGAUACCGAUAAUCUCAUGAAGCUGCUCAAUGAGGAGAAGGAAGUCGUCGAUCGAGCAGACGCAAAAGACCUCGAUCAAGUUAGCGGCGAGAUCGAAUUUGACAAUGUCUCGUUCUCUUACGAUGGCAAAGUUUCGGCGCUCAAAAACGUCUCUUUCAAAGUGCCGGCGGGCAAGUCUGUCGCACUAGUAGGCGAGAGCGGCUCCGGUAAAUCGACAACGUUGCGACUGCUCUAUCGCUUCUAUGAUGUGACUGAGGGCUCUAUCAAGAUAGACGGUGUCGACAUACGCGACAUCACCCAGCAUUCGCUCAGGAAGAAUAUCGGAGUCGUACCGCAGGAUUCUGUACUAUUCAACGAGACGAUCCGAUACAACAUUGGCUACGGUGAUCCGAAAGCUUCCGAAGAUCGCAUCAUCGCAGCAGCCAAGGCAGCCCAGAUCCACGAGAGGAUACUCACCUUCCCUGAUGGUUACGAAACCCGAGUCGGCGAACGAGGCGUACGAUUAUCGGGCGGCGAAAAACAGCGCGUGGCCAUUGCACGAACGAUCUUGAAAGAUCCCUCGGUCCUCUUACUGGACGAGGCGUCCAGUGCUCUCGAUACGAUGACCGAACGCGAGAUCCAGCAUGCUCUGCGAGCAAUGGCUAAGGGCAGGACGACCGUCGCGAUUGCUCAUCGCUUGUCUACGAUCAUCAGCUCCGACAUCAUCCUCGUCGUGAGCGAUGGCAGGGUUGCGGAGCAAGGGACACAUUCAGAACUACUCGCUAGACCGGAGGGACUUUACGCGGCCUUAUGGCAGAAGCAGAUCACGGCCGAGGAAGGGAUACUGGAGGAUGCGAGUACGUCUCAAGUAGCACCGAUCGACAAGAGCAUCGAAACGUCCGGCACGUCUACCCCAGCACAUGCAUGAUUGUUGUACAACAAUGGCAAAUCAAAAAUUCACAUUCAGGAUCCCAUAUCAAGCUUGCGCCUGCGCAGAGUCUGAUGGGCUUUUGGCUGACGGUGGCCAAUCUGCCAAUGGCGACAGCUGAGCCAUCGACAUCGUAGGUGUGAGAUGAUGCCAUUGAGGUAGUGAGCUCAUUGCAGCAUGUAAGCCAGGCACAGGGUGAUCGCACUGGCAAUCUGCGCCGCAUUGACAAUCUGUGCCACAGCCGAGGCAGCCCGGAUUGGCCAAC